GGAGGAGAGAGAGGAGGCAGCAGAGUGCCCAACUACAAGUCCCGAGUUAAGGGCGCCAGCCAAGUACAGUUCAGCCUCAACCUCAUCCGAGCAGCCCAGAGAGAGCUCCAGUUCCUCUACUUCGUCAACCGCCACCCGGCGCUCUACCAGGGCGCUCUCGUCAAGAAGGCCAUCCAAAGGUACGAGCUGCUAUGGCUGCCCCUAGCCGCCAACUGCACGGAGAAGAUCCUGGCCCCUCCCUCGGAUGUGCACUGGGUGUGGUACGUCCAUAUGUUGGCGCCAGAACACUAUGCCCGCGACUGCAAGAACAUCGUUGGACAGAUCGUCGACCACAAGCUGUUUAAGUUAAAAGCGCUGAAGAAGGCCCACAAGCGAACCCGGAAGCUGUGGAUGGAGAUGUACCCGGAUGAGACUUACGAUAUCAUCUUAGAUGGGUCGCAGCCGGUGUCCCUCUCCCAGUACACGUCCCUCAUCAGCUACGACCUGGAGGCCGCCGUCGCCAGACAGAGCAUGUUCUACUACCAGGUGUCUUUACCGCACUGCCUGACGAAGCCUUUCCUGAAGGAGGCGGUGGAGAGGUACAAGAAGUUCAUCUACCUGAAGUCAACCCAUCCGGCAGAGUUCCUGGUCCCUUGUUAUGAUAUGGACAUCAUCUGGCAUGCUCAUAUGGUACACCCAAAGAAGUACCAAAAAGACACCCAGCGAGUCCUGGGCAAAACCCUGAACCACGACGACUCUGUGAACGACCGGUCGCCGGGGUCGAAGUUGUCCACGUCCGACGGCUCCACGAGGCGGCUGUGGGCUCAGGCCUUCGGGGAGACCUUCAGCAGGAACGGCUCCAUGUUUCGUGGUGAUCCUCCGGCGUGUGUGAUCCAACCCAUCCCGCCAGAGCUGAAGAAGGCGGCGCUGGGGUCAGCUUUCCAACUCCACGUCAGGAAGGUGGCGAUCGGCGGCGCGCCUCCUGGGACUCUAAAAAUCAAGUUGCUCCACCAGUUCCGUAACUUGGAGAAGCAACGCCUUGGGAAGAUCACCAUCUUCAAGGAGCACGGUUAUGACAUGUCCGAACACAACAUCGCUGAUCUGGGCUUCGAGUUUACCCUUCCUGAUAAGGUAGUGCGGGACCAGUUUGUUUUGGAGAUGGUUAGUCAAAAGGAUGGGAUCAAGUCCAUGUUGACUAGCGGGUCCCAGAGCUUCGAGUGCAAUGGUCACUUCGACUUCACAGAGUUGCUUAAACUACGGGAUGACACCGCGACUAUCAUCAAGACAUUUAUUGAGCGGGACAUUCGUGUGGAGCUGACCUUCGGUAUCCGGGUGGUAACAGCGCACCACUACACCACAAUGGCCGUCCUCACCGGGCCAUUCCGGCCGGCGUGCUUCGACCCGGCCACCGUCCGGUCCCUAUACGGCAUCGUACCCAACGUUCACAACUCCGACUCCGAGCAGGACCUCUACAAAGCCGAGAUGGCGACGCACAGGGUAGUGAACGAAACGUGGCCCCACCGGCCGCAGGUGCUGGAGGUCGAGGUCUACCACUCGAGGACACUUCUACACUCAGCGGUCCACCUUUACGCUGAGAGUGCGAAUGGACGCCAUCUGGUGGCCGUGGCGCACACUGUCGACAACACCACCAUCCCUACACCACAGGACCUCGCCUACACUAACGAGGGAGGCCACAACUUCAGGACGAUAUCCCUGAACCCACGUCGAGGAGAGCGUGGGAUGGUGAUCAAGACCCACGAAGGCGACUGGGGCCUCGUGACGGCUGAGUGGGCUGGUCUCUGUAAUGGCGUUCCGGCGGUGACAUCGUCUGGAUCCCGGAGUCAACUGAACUUAGACACAGCACGAGCGAAUGGUGGGGCUUCCUCAACCCGUAAUAUGAAUGGUUCGCAGGCUACUCUAGUGACAGGCGACACCUCUACGGGCGUAGUAGGCGUAGCGGGAGGAGGCGGAGCAGGAGGAGGAGGAGGAGGAGGUAGCCUCGCCAACGAGUCUAGUAGUGGAGUAGAACCUGCAUCCCGGCCUGAGGGCCGCGGACGACCUGGGUCACCGGGCCACCUCCUCCUGCACAUCCACCAGUUGAGACAGUUCCAGUACCGCUCUGUGAUACUUCCCUACGAGCGCCGAGAGUACACCUUCUGCUUGGGCGGCGUCACUAUCGACAUGGAGCGCGGUGUGCUGGAGGUGGGUAUGGGCAACCCUUCGCUGGUUGAGAACAUCUCUCUGGCACUGAGCGCCGCUGUGCUUCACGUUCUCUGCCAACCCCGCCCCGACCGCCCUGUCAUAGGCCAGACCAAUCGUAUCCCCGUUGAGAAACUGAGCCUUCUGCACGCCUUAGGUUACUACGCUGACUCGGCGCCUCACAACUCCUUCCUCAGGUCCUGCACGGGAGAUGGUUGUGGCGGGUGUGGCGCCUGCGGCGGAUGUGGAGGCUGUGGGGGGUGUGGGGGAUGUGGGGGCUGUGGGGGAUGUGGGGGAUGCGGUGGGUGUGGGGGAUAAAGAAUUCGACAUUUAGGGUUAUAAUGGAAUGCUUUCUGUUUUCGUUGAAAUAUAUAUUUUCCCUGUUUCUCCCCGCAUUUGAGGGUAUCUUGUGCGGUGAAGAUAACUGCCAGACAUCUGUGAAGCAAGGAUAGCAAGAGGCAAGGCUGACGGACCUCGCGUCAUACACUAAUCUUUCCUCGGAACAUACACUGAAUAAACAGCAUACAAAACCCUGUCACCGGGCUUAAUCACUAGUCAAAUAUAUUUACAUUCAAAACGAAGAGAAGUCGCGAGACAAACAUGAAGUCAUUGACGUUGACUGUUAUCAAAUCAAGAGAAUAUGAAGUCAUGCUGUCCCCCAGUAUACAUAUAUAAUAAUAUAGGGAUUAUCAACGAUCAGUGCUCGAACAAUAUGCCUGCGGGUCUUGAGGCUUCAGUGCCCUCAAGAGUAAUACUUCCGAGGUCACAGUCAUAUAGGCAUCGUGCAUUGAUGCCUCAUCGGUAUUCAAAUAAACCACAGGGUGAUUACUCACUGAGAACUCUCUUCAAUAGGCAAGGGAAUUCUUAUGUCAUAAACUCUCUCUCCUGUCCAGUAAAGAGAAUAUUUUGAAUGCUGAACAUGUUUGUACUGCUACCAUACUAGUUGCUCAUUCUAGGUGAUCUUAGAACACACUCGUACUGUUCUCUGUAUAUAUAUAUUUAAUGGUAAUUUAUACAUAUAAGGAAGAAAUGGCGUUAAUCAAGAAUUUGGAAAAUGGAACACAUCCUUAACGUUUUUACUUUAUGGUGCAAUAAAAUCAACAAUGUCCAUUUAAUUUCAGGAACCAUAUUUCUUUUCUCGAGUCUUGGUAUUUUUUUAUUUGUAUCGACAUAUUAACCAAAAGUUCUCAAUGGCCUAUUAUGGAAUCAAAUUUUAAACUCGUUAUUUGUACAAAUUUUGUGUCAUUGUUGAUAAUAUAACUAUAUUAUGUGUAAGCCUAAUGAGGGCCUAAUUCUGUCUGGAUUUAGUCCAAAACGCACAGAAACAAGAAUACCAGUAGAAGUUAUAUUAAGACCUUUGGCUGACCUUAUUGGUUUGAAUAAUGUUCUGCGUUGUGGUGACCUUGGGAACAAGGCCAAUACAUUCAAGGUUUCGGGAGCCUCAAUUAUAUACGGCUAAUUUAAUUGGCCAUUGUUAUUUUUCUUUACAAUAUUAUUAUUAUUAUUGCUAUUAUUAUUAUUAUUAUUAUUAUUAUUAUUAUUAUUAUUAUUAUUAUUAUUAUUAUUAUUAUUAUUAUUUAUUGUAAUAAAUUAAUGUCAUAAUAAAUAGGAGCAAAAGGGACAUGACAAAUAUCUUGUUACAAUUUUUAUUUUGUUUGAAUUCAAAUUCGUGACGUUUCGAAAACCUCUCCUAUUCAUCAUCAGAUGUAAAAAUACAAAUAUUAUAUUAAAAAUUAACCAGCAAUCCAAAGAACUUAUACUGAACAGGUUUGUAAACUGUAAGAUAAGUGAUAUAAAGUGACACUAAUUACAAUAAAGAACAAGACCCAGAGUAAAAUUAGAACAAGACUUACGUAAACUGAUCAAAGUAAACUAUGAGAAUCAUCAUCAUUGAUACCAAAAGCUAAUUCGAAAUUACAAUUAUAACCACAAAGAUUCAAAACACUUAUACAAUGCGUUUCUUGGACACAUGCACGAAUGGCCGGUCGGAUUUGAGACUAAUGGACUCGUUAUAUAUCUGAAGCAGGCAGAAUUACAGCUAAAUAACAAUGGUUCAGCUGUUAUAUAUAUAUAUAUAUAUAUAUAUAUAUAAAAUACAUUGUAUACAGAAAACUACUCAUAGGUACCUUAUGGAGGACUCUUGUUGGCGUAUGGAAGACAGUGAGGAAGGGUGGAGAAGGAGAGGUGUUAGUGUUUGGAAGGGGAGACCCCUUCCAUUAUAACAUCAGGCA